AUGAGUAAUCGUCAGCUUCUUGUGAACGUGGAGAAUUGGAUAGCGGAGAACCAGAAUGCUUUCCUGCCACCAGUGUGCAACAAGCUCAUGCACUUUUCCCAGUUAAUCAUUAUGUUUGUUGGAGGGCCAAACACCAGGAAGGAUUACCAUAUAGAAGAAGGGGAGGAGCUUUUCUACCAGGUGAAGGGUGACAUGUGUCUGAAGGUGAUUGAAAAUGGCAAGAGCAAGGACGUGCACAUCAAGGAGGGAGAGAUGUUUCUCCUGCCUGCUCGGACCCCCCACUCCCCUCAGAGACAGGCCAACACUGUGGGACUGGUGGUAGAGAGGAAACGGCUGCUGACUGAGACUGACUGCCUCAGGUACUAUGUUGACAACACAACUGCCAUCUUGUUUGAGAGAUGGUUCUACUGCGAAAAUCUCGGAACCCAAUUGGUGCCGAUAAUCCAAGAGUUCACGGCAUCAACACAGUGCAAGACAGGAAAACCUGAUCCGAGUGAAGUCUUCGGGGAGCCUCCAUUCCAGAUGAACAACAUGAACGUGAUGUUGCCCUUCUGCUUGAAGUCCUGGCUGGAAAAACAAAAGCCGUUCCUCGCCAGUGGCAGCAGCAUUAACAUGUUUGGAGCUCAGUUUGAGACAGAGGUGACCAUGUAUGGACCUGGUUUGUCUGACACAUCCUUGCAACAAAGUGAUCUCUGGAUUUGGCAACUGGAGGGAUCGUCCCGAGUAACCAUGAAGGAACAGGAGUUGAAGCUAUCUGCUGGAGACAGUCUACUCAUUCCUGAGCACGCCCAGUACCAGUGGAAGCGAAAUGAGGAGACUGUAGCACUGGUUGUGGUUCAAAACCCUGAGCGUAAAAGACCCUGA